UGACAGCCUCGCCGUAAACAAUCGUUUCAGUGUGUUUCGUUUUUCACGUUUUCACGGAAAACACCGUGAGGAUCUUCCCAGAACUGAUCGGAUUUCUCCAAGCGAGCCACAAUGAUUCGUCGCAGAGGAUAUGAUGAUGAGGAUAUGCCUGAGCGGGGCCGCAAACGCCGCCGCAUGUCGGAGUCCCAGGAGGUGGAGGAUCGCCUCGAGAGUCUCAUAAUUCGUGUGGGAGAGAAGAGUACCUCGUCCCUGGAGUCGAAUCUGGAGGGUUUGGUGUCGGUGCUCGAGGCGGAUUUGGGAGCUUUCCGGGCACGAAUUCUCCGCAUUCUCUCAGAUUGUGCCAUCCGGAUGCCGGAGAAGUGCACAAUCUACACGACUCUGGUGGGACUGCUGAAUGCCAAGAACUAUAAUUUUGGCGGAGAACUGGUGGACUUCAUCGUGAAGACAUUCAAGUCCAGCCUGAAGAUGUGUCGCUGGGAUGCUGCGCGAUAUUCCUUGAGAUUCUUGGCGGAUCUGGUGAACUGUCACGUCAUAUCAGCCACUUCGCUUCUGCAGCUGCUGGACAAUAUGGUGGACGUGUCCAAUGAGGACACUGUGCCUCAAGUGAGGCGGGAUUGGUACGUUUUUGCCGUGCUUUCGACGCUCCCGUGGGUCGGCAGGGAUCUGUACGAGAAGAAGGAGUCCGCUCUGGAGAGUCUACUGGUGAAGAUUGAAGUAUUUUUAAACAAGAGGACGAAGAAACACCACAAUUGCUUGAGAGUUUGGUCAGUGGAUGCUCCGCAUCCGCAAGAGGAGUAUCUGGACUGCUUGUGGGCGCAGAUCCGCAAACUGAGGCAGGACAAUUGGGCCGAGAAGCACAUUCCUCGCCCAUAUCUGGCCUUUGAUUCCAUCCUAUGCGAAGCCUUGCAGCACAAUUUGCCGGUGAUUAAUCCGCCGUCGCAUCAGGAGAGCAAUGUUUACCCAAUGCCGUGGGUCGUUUACCGGAUGUUUGACUACACAGACUGUCCGGAUGGACCCAUCUUGCCCGGAGCUCACUCCAUUGAGCGCUUCCUGAUUGAGGAGCACCUCCAUCACAUCAUCGAGACUAACCAUGUGGAAAGGAAGGACUGCGCUGCGCAUCUGCUCAACUUCCCGUAUAAAAGUAAGAUUCCGCUCGAGUACUGCAUUGUGGAGGUGAUCUUCGCGGAACUCUUCCACAUGCCCACUCCGCGAUACCUCGACAUCUGCUACGGAUCCAUCCUCAUUGAGCUGUGCAAGCUGCAGCCGGCCACGAUGCCUCAAGUCCUGGCUCAGGCCACGGAGAUCCUCUUCAUGCGCAUCGACUCGAUGAACACUUCAUGCUUCGACAGAUUCGUCAACUGGUUCUCAUAUCAUCUCAGCAACUUUCAGUUCCGCUGGUCCUGGGACGACUGGGACAGCUGCCUACUGCUGGAAUCCGAGCAUCCGAGGCCGAAGUUCAUCCAGGAGGUGUUGCACAAGUGCCUGCGUCUCUCCUAUCAUCAGAUGAUCAAGGAAAUGAUGCCCGAAACCUACGCGCGCCUGCUUCCCGUGGCGCCAGAGCCGAUCUACAAGUACUCCUCUGAGGGCGCUGCGGCGCUGCCAGGCACCCAGACUGCCCAUCAGCUCGUUGUGGCCAUUCGCCAAAAGUGCACUCCCGAGGAGGUGGUUGAAGUGCUGCGAGAUCUGCCGAAUCCCGAUGAAAACGCGGGCGAUGGCGGCGAUUUCAAUCCCCUGAAGAUUGAUGUGUUCGUGCAGACGCUGCUGAAUCUUGGCUCCAAGAGCUUUAGUCACAGCUUCGCCGCCAUCUCGAAGUUCCAUCAAGUGUUCAAAGCGCUGGCGGAGACUGAAGAGGCACAGAUAUGCAUUCUCCAUAAUCUGUUCGAACUGUGGAAGAACCAUGAGCAGAUGAUGUGCGUGCUGGUGGAGAAGCUGCUGAAGCUACAAAUUGUCGACUGUUCGGCCGUGGCGACGUGGAUCUUCUCCAAGGAAAUGACCGGAGAGUUCACGAAAAUGUAUCUGUGGGAGAUUCUCCACUUGACCAUCAAGAAAAUGAACAAGCACGUAAUCAAGCUGGGCACGGAACUCACGGAGGCCAAGGACAGGCUGGCCGGUGAGGAGUCAUCAUCGAGUGACUCCGAGGAGGAAAGUGCGGCGAAGAAGAAGAAAAUCGAAAUAGCGGACAAGCCGACAGAGGAAAUGGUGGAACGCAUGGAGGAGAAACUCGAGGCGGCGAAUGUGGAUCAGAAGAAACUCUUCCUGAUCGUCUUCCAGCGCUUCAUCAUGAUCCUGUCUGAGCACCUGGUGCGUUGCGACACAGACGGCAGAGACUACGACACUGACUGGUAUCGCUGGACAAUCGGAAGACUGCAGCAAGUCUUCCUCAUGCACCAUGAGCAAGUGCAAAAGUACAGCAGCACUCUCGAGUCGCUGCUCUUCACAUCAGACUUGGAUAACCACAUUCUGGACGUUUUCCAUCAAUUCAAUGCCCUUACGGCGUAAAUUGUACAUUAAAUGACAAUGUAUUGGAGUUCUCAACAAUUUAACUAUAGAAAUAAACACAUUUUGAAAUGAUUGAGAAAAA